GUCUGCUCUUCAAAUCGCAUUUUCGACCAUGGCGAAUCGAGAGCUGACGCAUGAUGAGCUGUGGGAUGAUUCGGCUCUCGUCAACUCCUGGAAUGAUGCUUUCGAGGAAUACAAGAAAUAUCACAGCUUAGCACAGAAAGGAGAGAAAGUCGAAAUCACGCAAAAACCUGAGUCCAAAGAGCCAGUGCUCUCCAAAGCAGCCGCAUACCUGAACGCAAAUGGCACAUCGAAACCUUCUCCAGCCGCUCCCAUCAACUUCGCCCCGUUAUCGAAAGAAUCACCAAACCAACAUCCAUCGGCCACAGCAACAGUUCCUCGACCUCCUCCUGCUGCUCCUCCAGGUCUCGCCAGUGUCCCACAAGCCCUCAUAGGUGGCGCACAAAACGAAGACCUCAAGAAUAUCAUGAUGUCGUGGUACUAUGCGGGCUACUACACCGGCCUCUACGAAGGUCAACAGAAAGCUUGGACGGAGAUGCAGGAAAGUAUGCAAGCGCAACAGCAGCAGCAGGAGGGUGAAUGAAGACCUUUCGCGCUCGUUCUCAGUGUAACUGUAAGGGUCGCAGCAGUGCCAGGGGCACGUUUUAAGCACCACAUCUCCCUGAACGUCAUCAAGCGAUGGGAAUCACAAGUCGUUGCUAUGAUGUGUAGCAGCUCACCUUUCAGGGCCGUGGUUCAUAAGCGUCACCAAUUCGCGGUUGCGAGCUGUCAUCCCGCUACAGUCUGGCGCUUCGUGCAGAUACAGCAGCCGAUGCUAGCCGUCGGCUGCGUUCAUAGCUGACAAGAAGGACGCAGACGCCAGUCGAAGCGUGGCUAUGAGGGGCCGGGUGAUGUGUACCGCAAGCAAGCAACGAGCGGGAGAAAGCACGCGAACGUGAGCUUAGAAGGGGA